GUGCCCGGCGCUGGAGGGGCGUGGAGCUGAGAGUGGUCCCUUGCGCGCCUGCGCCGAGCUGCGGGACAGGGCGUGUUCCUGUUCGGGUGCCGGUUUUGCACUGAUCAAGAGUGCAUCUCUUGCCACCCAAGUGCGUCCUACGGCCAUUCUACGUCCCCUCUGUUAGAGGCUGCCCUCUGCGAACAUGUCCAAGUCUCUGAAAAAGUUGGUGGAGGAGAGCCGGGAGAAGAACCAGCCGGAAGUGGACAUGAGUGACCGGGGCAUCUCUAACAUGUUGGAUAUCAACGGCUUGUUCUCCUUGUCCCACAUCACACAACUGGUCCUCAGCCACAACAAACUCACAACUGUGCCACCAAACAUAGCCGAACUGAAGAACUUGGAAGUGCUUAACUUUUUUAAUAACCAGAUUGAGGAGCUGCCCACACAGAUCAGCAGCCUUCAGAAACUCAAACACCUGAACCUUGGGAUGAACAGGCUGAACACUCUGCCUCGAGGAUUUGGCUCUCUUCCAGCUCUCGAGGUCCUGGACCUGACUUACAACAACUUGAGUGAAAAUUCUCUUCCUGGAAAUUUCUUUUACCUUACCACCCUGCGUGCACUCUAUCUAAGUGACAACGAUUUUGAAAUCCUGCCGCCAGAUAUUGGGAAGCUCACAAAGUUGCAGAUACUCAGCCUUAGGGAUAACGACCUGAUCUCACUGCCUAAGGAAAUCGGGGAGCUAACGCAGCUUAAGGAGCUCCACAUUCAGGGGAACCGCUUGACCGUUCUGCCCCCAGAACUAGGAAACUUGGAUUUAACUGGUCAGAAGCAAGUAUUCAAAGCAGAGAACAAUCCCUGGGUUACCCCAAUUGCUGACCAGUUCCAGCUUGGCGUGUCCCAUGUGUUCGAAUAUAUUCGUUCUGAGACAUAUAAGUACCUCUACGGCAGACACAUGCAGGCAAACCCAGAACCCCCGAAGAAGAAUAAUGACAAAUCAAAAAAGAUCAGCCGGAAACCCCUGGCAGCCAAGAACAAAUGAGGAGUUGGCACAAGCUGGGCUCCUGGCCUCUUCUCUUAACUCUUCUGUCUCUCUUGCUCUGUCUCACAAAUAACUAUAAUGCGUGUGUGGCUUUUAAAAAAAAAAAAAACAACAACAACUUUUCACUCUCUGUUUCUAGGGCUCACCACCUUACCUUUUACGUUCUUUUGGUAGGUGGUAGAUUUUUGUAAGGUCUUAAACCAAUUUCCAUUUAUUUCCUUAAAAUCACCAAAGGCAGGAAGCAAAGCUUUAAUUCAACUGCAAAUUCUAUACUAGGCACAGACUCAAGGUCCUUGAAUAGACAUCUUGGGGUGGCUUAUUAUUAAAAGAAUAAUUAAAAUCAUGUAACCAUUUAAUUGUCACGGUUAACACUUUUCACUCUUUCCUUUAAUUCACCUCUUUAUUUUGUCUCAUUCAAAGUCUUCCUUCACCACCAAGCUAUUACAUUCAUUUAACUUUCAAAUGAUUUUCAUAAAAUCUUGAAUUUGUAAUAUCACUUGUUGUUUCUCGACUAGAAUAAAGAACAAUUUGAUGUUAGGGUGUACACAUUUUUGUUUACCUUUUCUCCCCCUGAACUAUCUUAUCCCGAUUGAUUGGUCAUAGAUGAUCCACUGAACUUUCCAUGAAAGAAAAGCAAAAUGAAAUCAGAGUUUCUUCUCCUAUCAGUUUGUCAAGGUUUUUUUUUUUUUUUUUUUUCUUUUUUUCUUUGAAGACUGUUGCUAAAUUAGGCAGGAGCAGAAAAACAAAUCUCUAGGAGUUUCUGCCAAAGGAUUUUGGAAAGCAGCAUUCUUUCGGUGACUGGUAGACAAGAGCUGUGAAAAGGAGAGAAGAAAAAAACUCAAGUAUGUUUUUCAUGGCUGCAGAAAAUCUGCUCAUAUCAAAGCAUUCUUUUCGGAGACUCUGAUGCCAAAGAAGUUGUAUAAAUGUGCACAAUCUACACCACACCCAGUAUGGAAACUGGAGUGGCAGAGUCAUUAAACAACCAAUUGUUUAACAUCUGUCAUAGGCAGGCUUUCCUUCUUCUCCACAGGAUGUAGUAGGUAUAGAAAUGAAAAUCAAUCCAAGCAGGAAUCUUGUGCUCUCAAAAGGGCGGCCAACUCCUGAAUGCCUCUCCACAAUAGGUGGCUAAUGAAUUGUGGGAGAAGGACUCACCCUUCUCAGCUACUCAUCUCCUAUCAUCCCCUUGAAUUCCCAGGAGCAAGACCACUAGGACUUAUAAAAAGCCAGAAUCAAAGCAAAACAAAAAGUCCUGAAUUCCUCCAAUAGGCACUUUCCAUUUCAAGGGACUUAGCAAUUCAUCUUCUUGCUUCUGGAUAACUUCCGGAUAGAACUUUUGCUGUGGGAAAGGAAAUCCACAGGUGCCAUCACCUGCCUGGGAGCAGAGUUGAUGUAAUUUUUAUAGGUGCCAUGUUUGCCUCAGCCAAAAUAUUUUAAAUUGAUUUUAUAGUUUAUGAAAUUGCAGAAGGAAGAACAAUGUCUGUACUGUUGUUGGUUGAAACAACCUGGCUGAAAAUUGAAUUGGCAACAAAGUAUUAGUAAAAACAUAAUAUUUACGGCUUGUAAGUAAUUUUAUUUUUCAAAAGAUGAAUGCUCUAGAUAGAAAUAUGGGCAAUCCACGUAAGUUCACAGGGAAGAAAUAUCACAAGAAACAUAAAGGAAAAUAAAACAAGCAGAGCUUCACUAGUAAUUAAAAAAUACAAAUCAAAGAAAAACAAGCAACGUGCAACAAUAAGAAAUGUGCAAAUAUUCUUUAAGUCGGUAUGCUAGAUAAACAUUCUUAUACAUGGCUAUGGUAUAGAUUUAUCUCCAGCACAGUGGUAGUAGCUUGAUAACAAGUAGAAAAACUUUAAAAUUGUGUACUUGGACCCAGAAUUCUUAUUUCUAAGAAUUUAUCCUGAGGAGACUGUCAGAUGCACUUGAAGAGCUGUGUUUGAGAAUUGUCCUUAUAGCAUUGUAUGUACAAUGAAAGUGGGGGGGGGGGGUGAGGCAGAUGCCCACCAAUUUAAGAAUGAUUUAAUCAAUGAAGCAAAUCCAUGAUAGAUUUCCAUGCAGACAGAAAAAUUGUUGAAUAAUAUCUAGGGGCAAAGGGAGAUAAUUAUGUCCUCUGGUUAAGUAGAAAAAAAAAGAUUUUAAAAACUAACUACAUAAGGAUAGCCCCAGCUGUGUAAAAAGAAAAUUGUGUAUUUAAAAUAUGUGCACAUAAAAAUAUUAAAUGGAAACAGAACACAGUUUUAAGGCUGACCAAUUAUCUGUACAUGGUGGACUAAGACUUUAUUUUCUUUUUUAUGCAUAUCCUGUACUUUAAAUUUUCUGUAAUGAGCAUGUGCACUUUUGUAAUCUGAAACAUUAAAUACAUAUUUUUUCAAAACGAA